CUUCCUAGUGUAGGAGCUGCAAAUUCUAGAUCUUUUUCUACCCUUUUGUUCUGACUUUUUUUACCAGCUAUGACAGAAGAAAUAACAUAUGCUAAUCUGAAAUUUGAAAAUUGCCAUGAGCUGGAUAAUAUCAGAGAGCCUGAAGAUACUAAGGAAAAAGGGCGUCCCAGCUCGUCCCGCUCUUGCUCGCCAGUAGUCCUGAUUUUGUUGACGCUGUGCCUGGCACUGCUGAUGGCGCUGGUGGCCCUGGCAGUUUUAUUUUUCCAGAUUGCCAAGGACUACAAAACACAACUUAGAGACCUCAACAUGACAAAGAAUGAGCUGCAUGUAAAUCUCACAAAGAUGCUGCAAGAAAUAGGAAAUCAGCUUUGCUUGGAAGCGGGAGAAGGCCUUAAAAAUAAUGGCCAGAACUGUGUUCUCUGCCCUGCAAACUGGAAGUGGAAAGGUGGAGAUACAUGUUACUAUAUCUCUGAGGAAACGAAGACGUCAGAAGAGAGUCACCAGCUUUGCUCCUCACAAAACUCUACUCUUCUUCUGAUAAAAGAUGCGGCAAAGCGGGAAUUGGUAAAAAAAUUGCCCAGAAAACAUUACUGGGUUGGAUUAACAUAUAGAGCUGAACAGAAAGACUGGUAUUGGGCAGACAACACACGUCUUACAGAAGAACAGAAGUCUUGGUAA